UUCCGCACGUGCGCAGAUUGUGCUUCCGGAAUGCUGAACGGAGUUCAGUAAAUGAAAAAAUAAAACGGGCCUGCGAUAACUGAAAAUAAGAACAUUUACUCAACCAAGCGGGAGACAUUGAAAGAUCUAGUGAACCCACUAAAACAAGAUGUCUUAUUGCAAGAUUUGCAAGUUGAAAUGUAACAACAAUACACAAUUAAAGGCCCAUUUGAACGGAGCUAAACACAGAGCGAGAGUGGAAGAGAUUGCUAAGAAUGCUCAAAAAUGGAGGUCUCUGGAGCAGUACCUUAAAAAUACCAAACUUAAUGAGCCUGUGAUUGGUCUGCAGUAUGUGGUUGAGUUCCGUAGCCCCAAUGACGAGCUGCCUCCACAUUACUUGUGCAAGCUGUGUGAAGUCCAGGCAAAGCAGCUAGGCUUUGUUACUCACAUCACUGGCUGGAAACAUCGUUACAAUUACAUGAAAAAGAAACAUGCUGAUAUGGUACCAUUUGAUGAAACACAAGUCAAGGACGCAAGAAUGCACAAGACAAUUCAAGAGAAGGCAGAGCUUGUUGAGCAUAUGGAAGGAAGGGGUGAAAUAGAGGUUGUGAUAGAAGAGUUGAAAGAAGAUCCAGCUUUAAAGAGACCAAGCAGUGAACCUGCAAGGGAGACAGGAGCAAAGAUCCCAAGGGUGGAUAUGUCAAGAGGUCAGCUUAACGGUGGGAGAUUUCCUUAUGAUGGCCCAGCGGGAAUGCACCCUCGCGAUUUUCCAGGGGGGAGACGCCAGGAUGAUUUUCCAGGGGGAAGGCUCAAGGAUGACUUUCGAGGUGGAUUGCAUCCAGAUCAUUUUCCAAGUCAGAUGCAUCCCAGAGAUUUUCCCAGUGAUUUUCACACUAAAAUGACCCGUGAUGAUUUUCCAGUUGGUAUGGCCCGUGAAGAUAUUCCCGCAAGGAUGCACUCUGAUGCUUUUCCAAAUAUGGUGUACCCGGAUGAUCGUGGAAGAAGAUAUCCUGAUGAAUUUCCUAGUGGAAGGUACCCUGAAGGCCCUGUUAGAGGGGAGAGGGUGAGGCUGGAAAUGAGCGACUUCGAAAGUAGAUGCUCUGACAUGAGAAGUGAGUUUGAAAUGCACCUCACCAGAAGACAAGGAAUGGAUCGCAUGUCUCCAAUUCAGGAUGAAGGCGUCUACACCAGAGGUUCUGAAAGUGGCUUGGCAAGUUCUGCAGUCUUUGAAUGCCUGGAAAGCUUUCGGAUAGAAAAUGAGACUGAUGCACAGGUUGUCCUGAAGAUCACACAGAAGCUUACUGACAUAUUGAUGGAGUAUCGGCUGAGAAAUGCUGCAGCAGUGAGUUCAUUGCAGCCUAAAAGCGAUGAGCAGCUCUAUGAUCCUCGGGAAUAUCGUCCGAUGAGAAUGUCUGGGGGAGAUGGCUAUCCAAGAGGUCCACCAAGAUAUCCUGAUGAAUUCUCACCUGUUUCCAGGAACACGUCUGGGAAGUCCCUGUUCUGAUUGGACAGAAUAAGAAAGAGGAACAGCCUCUACAAUUCACAUGGAUCUAAAGGAAUUAUUCCAAGUAAAGACAAUGGCAAAAUGAAUACCAGAACAUUGAUUUGGCAGAAGUUUUUUUUCCUUUAUUAGGAAUGCAUCUUUUAAACCGAAAGCCACCUUUAUUUUAUGCUAGCAAUUCCUGUUUAUUUUUCAAAACAUCUGUACAGUAGUAGUAUUCCACUCUUAAUCAUUUGACCAACUAGGCUAUUUCCUUUGUGUGGCAAAAAAAGGUCUGCAUCUGUGCUCAAGGUAGUAGUUGAUAUUCAUUUAGUUUAGUUUUUCUUCAUUUGAGAUGUUUCUGGACUAAAAGAUCACGUGAAACUGCAAAAAAUAUAUAGCCAAGGUUUUUUUUGUUUUAAUGUUUUAAGUUUGUUAAAGUACUUUUCUAUUGUCUGUACUUAAAUUCAGUUUACAACCAAUGUAGAAUGUGGCCUCGCUACUCUUGUAAGAGGGUUUGCUCUUUUAAAAUAUGUAUUUGAAGAGUGGGCAGUUGUCUCUGCAUAAAUACCAAAAUGUCUGAGUGUGGUAAAAGGGGCAACAAAUGUCACACCCCCCCAAGCACAACAAACAAACAAGGGAGUCUCAGACUUUUUGGGAACUACAUUACAUGGUACAUGAAAUGCAAUGUGUGUCAAGUUCAAGAAAAAUGAAUAUUUAGUGCAGUGCUGUGUAUUAUCAGAAGUGCAAUUCAAAUGUUAAGCAGUUCUGCUUUUGGUUUUAAAUUUCAAAAUGGUUAUGUGAACUAGUUGUGCUUGUAGUUUGUUUUUAUUAUGUUCUAUCAUUGCUGUUUUUGUUUUUUUUUUUUUUUUGCCAGCUGAAUGUUAGAUUAACUUCUGCUCUUUUUCAAAACCAGUAAUGUUUUUUUUUUUUUUUUUUUUUUUUUAUGAUGUCCCCGUUUUCUUAAGCAGUGCACACAAUCCUUAUCCUUAAAGUACAUAGGAAUUUAGUUAAAAUGUUUCUUCUGUUUUAAACCAUUGUGGUCUGACAUCAGCAUGUGACAUCUGUGCCACACCUAGUUAAAGCCCCCCUGUUUGAGAGAGGCACAAAAUUGAACAGGUAGCCCUCUUCGUGCCUGAUGAACACUUUAGGGUUUAUUAGGACAACUUUAGCAGUGUAUCACCGUAUGUUUUUGUCGGAUCAGUCCCAAUCAUCUCCCAAAGCGCAUUUAUGCUGGUUGCACUUAGUUUUCACUCUCCAGUCAAGCUCAUCCUUCAAUGGGGUUAUGGUUAGGCGAGUGGGGAGGCCAGCGCAUCAAUUUAAAAACCUGUUCUUUCUGAUUUUUAAGUAACUGAAGUUUAGUCUGGCUGUGUGUUUUAGGAUCAUUAUCAUGUUGAUAAACAAACCCUUCACCCACUAGUCACCUUUCUGAUGGUAUUGCAUGACACUGAAGAAUGGAAUUAUAUUGUUCCUUUACAAAUACCUUCUAUUUUUACUACAAAA